AUGUCAAUCUCCUCCGACGAGGUCAAUUACCUCGUCUACCGCUACCUCCAGGAGAGCGGCUUCACCCACGCGGCGUACACCUUCGGCUACGAGUCCUACAUCCAGAAGACGUCCAUCGCGGGUACCGACCUCCCGCCGGGCGCGCUCAUCUCGUUCAUCCAGAAGGGACUCCAGUACCUCGAGCUCGAGGCCAAUCUCAACGAGGAUGGCACCGACGUCGACGGAAACUUCAGCAUGCUGAACUCCUCCGACCUCCUGUCCAAGCCCGUCGAGGAGCUCAAGAACAUCGUCAAGGAGAAGCGGAAGAGCGGCUCCGACAAGGACCGGGAGCAGGAGAAGCGCGUCAAGCGGGAGAAGCCGGAUGCCGAGACGGCCAACGGCGGGUCGACCCCGAUGGAUGACGCCGAGAUGGACGACGCGGACGUCGGCGCCGAGGCGAUCGACGACGAGGACGUGACCCGCCUGGAGGGCCACAAGGGCGAGGUGUUCAUCUGCGCGUGGUCUCCCGCGACGUCGCAGCUGGCGAGCGGGUCCGGCGACGCCACGGCGAGGGUGUGGUCGGUACCCGCGGGACCGUCGGGGCGGCGGGCGCAGGGAUCGCUGAAGGAGCCGACGGUGCUCGUGCACUCGCCCGUCGACGGAGGAGACGGGGACGGCGACGGCGACGGCGACGACGAUAAGGAGCGCGGGUUCGAGUCCAAGGACAGGAACAAGAACAGCAAGGACGUCACCACCCUCGACUGGAACGGCGAAGGGUCCAUGCUCGCGACGGGUUCUUACGACGGCUCGGCGCGAAUCUGGGACGCCGAGGGUAACCUCGUCAACACGCUCUCGAAGCACAAGGGGCCGAUCUUCUCGCUCAAGUGGAACAAGAAGGGCGAUUACUUGCUGUCCGGGUCCGUGGACAAGACGGCGAUCGUGUGGGACGCCAAGACGGGCGAGGCGAAGCAGCAGUUUGACUUUCACACGGCGCCCACGCUGGACGUGGAUUGGCGAAACAACGUGUCGUUCGCGACGUCGUCCAUGGACCACAUGAUCUACGUGUGCAAGCUCGGCGAGUCUAAACCCAUCAAGGCGUUCAAGGGUCACACGGACGAGGUGAACGCGAUCAAGUGGGAUCCCACCGGCACACUCCUCGCGUCGUGCUCGGACGAUUACUCGGCUAAGAUUUGGAGCCUGAAGCAGGACGAGUGCGUGCACGAGCUCAAGGAGCACACCAAGGAGAUCUACACCAUCAAGUGGUCCCCGACCGGCCCGGGGACGAACAACCCGGACAUGCCGCUGAUAUUGGCGUCGGCGUCGUACGACGCGACGAUCAAGCUGUGGGACGCCGAAGAGGGUAAAUGCGUGCACACGCUCCGGAGGCACACCGAGCCGGUUUACUCGGUCGCGUUUUCACCCGACGGAAAGUACCUCGCCUCCGGGUCGUUCGACAACAGGCUGCUCAUCUGGGACGUACGUAAGGGCGAGUUGGUGAAGACGUACAAGGGCGACGGGGGGAUCUUCGAGGUUUGCUGGAACAAGGACGGCACGAAAGUUGCGGCGGCGUACAGCAACAACAGGGUCACCGUGCUCGACUUCAAGCCGUGA